AUGAACGGUCAUCCGACGUGCCACACGAGCCAUUUCCGUAGAAUGAGUGCGUGCGAGUUCCGACGCCUUUCGUGCGACGCCGACGCCGCCACUGCCGACUAUUCUCUGCAAUGUGAUCCCGUGGACGAGUACUUCUGCGGAAGUGCUUCGUCUUGUCUCAUGAUAUUGUUUCGCUUGUUUUAUGGAGGACAGUACGGCGGACACCGUGGGUUCCCGGGUGGUUCCGGUGGGUACGGUCCUCAGCAAGGCAGUGGACAACCGAUGGGCGCCGGGAACUGCUACCCGCGCCCGAUGGGACCCGGAGGUGGCGCCGGUGCCAACCCGGGCGGCGCUGGAGGGGUUCGCAUGUCCUACAAUCCUCACGGCGCACAGCCGCCGCCCAACCAGUAUUUCCAGCCUCAGGGCCAGUACAACCCGCAGCGACCACCUGUGUCCCAGUACCCGGGCAUGCAGCAGGGCCAAGUGCAGCAGCAGCAGCAACCGCAGCAGCAGCAGCAGGGUCCGUUCGGAGCGAGCAUGCAGCAGCAGGUUUUCAUGGGCCCGCAGGAACCGUCGUACCAGAGUACGAGUCUCAACUACCAGCACAGCCCGAUCCCGGGCAACCCUACCCCGCCGCUCACGCCUGGUUCCACUGUCCCACCCUACAUGUCCCCGUCCACGGCCACCAACGUGCCGGACGUCAAGCCGCCUUAUCCUCCGGACAACAAACCCGGAUCCGUUCAAAUGAACGAGCUUCGCCUUACGUUCCCAGUGAGAGAUGGGAUCGUCAUGCCGCCUUUUCGCCUCGCGCACAACCUCGCCGUGUCGAACCACAUGUUCCAGCUCAAGCCUGAGGUCCACCAAACCCUCAUGUAUCGGUCUGACUUGGAGCUGCAACUGAAAUGCUUCCACCACGAGGACCGUCAGAUGAGCACCAACUGGCCGCAGAGCGUGCAAGUGUCUGUCAACGCGAACCCACUCAACAUUGAGCGCGGGGACGGCAAAGGAGGUUCGCACAAGCCCCUGUACCUGAAGCAGGUCUGCCAGCCGGGCCGCAACAGCAUCCAAAUCACCGUCGCGGCCUGUUGUUGUUCGCACUUGUUCGUGCUGCAACUGGUGCAUCGGCCGAGCGUGAGAAGCGUGCUGCAAGGCCUGCUCCGGAAACGACUCCUUCCGGCCGAGUUGUGCAUCUCCAAGAUCAAGCGGAACUUCUCCACGUCCAGCAUGAACGGCGCGAACCCGGCGGGUCCGGGUGGGCCGGGCUCGUGCAACCCGGAAGCCGACGGCGUGGAACAAACGGCCAUUAAAGUGUCCCUCAAGUGCCCCAUCACCUUCAAGCGCAUUUCGCUGCCCGCUCGCGGCUCCGACUGCAAGCACAUUCAGUGCUUCGAUCUCGAGUCCUAUCUCCAGAUGAACUGCGAACGGGGCUCUUGGCGGUGUCCUGUGUGCAACAAACCUGCGCUUCUGGAAGGCCUGGAAGUUGACCAGUACAUCUGGGGAGUGCUGAACAGCCUGUCGAAUUCAGAAGUGGAUGAAAUCACGAUUGAUUCUUCUGCGUCGUGGAGGCCGAUGUCUGGCAAAGCCAUCAAGGAAGAAGACCAGGAAUCCAGUUGUUCCUCCAAGAUGUUUAAAGCAACUUCGCCGGGCAGCAUGAAUCUGCCGACGAUUUCCAACUGGGACGGUCACAACCAGUCCAUGUCGCCUUACUCCACACCAGACAUGAACAGUAUCAACAACGGUUCUCUGAUCAACCCGCCGCCGUACAACGCGGUGCAGUCGGGCGCCGGGUCCAGCUACGGGUACCACCACGGCGGGGCGGACAACAGCCCUGGCCAGAGCUCGGGCCAGUACUCCGUCAACAGCGGGCCAUUGUCGCAGUUGUCGCAGUCGGUGAGCCAACUGGAUCCGCUGAAUGCCAUGGAGAAGACGUUGAAUGACCAGUUCAACCUCGGGCCGGGUUCGGGCUCUCCGGCCCCGGUCUCAACCCCGGCCACGUCCCUGGCGUCUGUUGCCGUGUCCUCGUCUGCGGGCUGCACCCAGGUCACCAUGGCCCAGCCCGUCCAGAGUGUGCCCACGUCCAUGUCCAGCAUCGGCCCUGCGUCCAACAACCCUGUGCCCAACACUCCUGCUCCCAACCAGAUGAACAACCCGCACACGCCGCUGACACCGCACACGCCACACACGCCGCACACGCCAGCGCAGCAGGGUGGACCGCCGAGUGUGCCGUCGCAAGCGCCCGGGUCCGUGCCGUCGGCGAGCCAGGCGUCCAGCCUGCCCGGCGCCCUCAACAACUCGUCCUCCGUCACUUCCGGCCUGGGCUCGGCCGACUCCGGCACCGGCGACAUCCUGUCCUCCGACUUGACUUCUGAUCUCAACUUCGAUCCCGCCGCCGUCAUUGAGGGCGAGGGAACCGGCCAAGAAGGCCUCAAUCUAUUGCCGGAUUCCAUGGUGGACCCGUGGGACAUCAUCUCGUGCCUGGAGAGGCCCGACCUGGCGACCCCGCCGUCGUCAGGCGGCAGUAGCAACGGAGGCGGCUUGAACACGGGAUCAGCGACGCACACCCCUACCGCAAAUAAUGUUCAACAGUCAUCCGGCAAUUCCGGCGGCACCACGACCAACGACGACCUUCUGUCACUUUUUGAUUCAAAAGGCGAAAGAAAAUUGGAGAAAAGAGGGAAUUUUGAGCGGCGGCCAGAGGAGGAGGAGGAAGGGUUCGAGGACGGACGGACGGACGCUGGCGGCGUUUGGUUGGUUGGUUGGUUGGCUGGCGGCGGCGGGAGAAGGAGAAGUACGCCCUCAUCGACAAGUGGCUUUGUUAUCAAGUAG